AUGGAGACCUCCUUCCCGGUCAUGAUGGACUCAAACGAACGCUCAAAUCAGGGCGGUAUCGGGGCGUCUCAAAUGGUAAUCCAGCAGUAUGCGAGAUAUCCUACAACAUUAGAGACCACGCUGCAAAGCGCAUCCUCACUGGGGAGCGCUCGAAGUCAACUGGAGACUCACAGGUCACCUCCGCUGCAUCGAAAGGGGACUCCUCGGAGCAUACAGUCUUCUCCUCGAGGAAUGCGCUCAGCCCUGCCACCAUCAUCAACUGUGCGGUCUGGUCCGUCCAUGUCCCCACCUGUCUUUGAGACUUUGCGUCACUCGCCCAUGAAAGAUGCAGACCAGGCCGAGUCUCGAACUCUGCCAUCGCGGGAUAUCACUGAUGACACCAUUGACGAUGCUUACGCUUUGUUUAUCCUAUACUGCAAUCCUAAUGUACCUUCUUCUGUCGAUACCUCGGAGCUUCGCAAGACAUUUCGCAGCCCUCCGCGCAGUGAUGGCAAAAGCUUUAGUGUUUUUACCUUAUUUGAGCUUAUUCGAAAGCUCGAUAACAAAGAGCUCAAGACCUGGAUCCAAUUGGCAAUCGAACUGGGAGUCGAACCGCCUUCAAUGGAAAAGAAACAGAGUACGCAAAAAGUCCAACAGUAUGCUGUUCGACUAAAGCGAUGGAUGCGUGCUAUGCAUGUCGAUGCCUUUUUCGAGUUCUGUUUGGGCCACCCCCAUGCAUACUACACCCAGCUUCCUCCCUCCGGACCGUUUGUUAGUGAGUCCCGCGACGGCGUGCCGCUAGAAGAAGAUCUUGCUCUUCGGGCCUUGGUUCCACAAUGGAAGCCUAAACGUGGCCGAAAGCGAGCAGAUGAACGAGAGCAUGAGGAGGAGAAAGCAGCCAAGAGGCCGCAGCUGGAUACUUCGGUAGCCGGUUUGCAACCCCGAGGGUUUCCAAGCCAUUCGAUUCCUUUUCCUCAAAGUGCCAUUCCCUUCAGCGCCUUUCCCACUGAGGAGGAUCCGUGGUUGACAGCGGCAUCAUCGUUCCCACCACCAGGUGCUUCGGAGCAACCGGGCCACGAGCUACACUGGAGGCUCACAGAGCGCGAGACAUCACCAGCGGGCUACCCACAGUCCGCAAUCCUGCCCAGAGGAACACAACCCUCAGACGCACUCAUGUCGGCCGAGCCUCGCUCUGCGGUCACUCCAUCAUCAGGGGAGAAGACACGCGCUAGACGGCGACAUGGGCCAGCAGUGUCUUCUGCUUGGCCGAGCAGCAAUGGGUCGGUAACUGGAAAGGGUCGCGGAAGACCACCCAAUAAGGCUUCGACGUCGGGUUCAUUCUCCACCUUCCAAGUCAACUCGAGUCGAGAUUCCUCUCAGGUUCCCCAAUCCCAUGUCGUUCGAUCUUCCCCACCUGCUGUUCAAGAGGACCCUUCGAAUGCUGUGUCAAACUCGUCCCUCGGCCAAUCGUCAAUACCCAUCGCCCACGCGCGACCAGGUAAACUUCAAUUACAAGUCCCCCAACAUCAAGGUGCUCCAGUGCGGCUCGCAACUCCUCCAACACUUCUAGUCAAUGGCGUCAACGGCGCGCUUGUCCCCCAGGCUCAAGGCCUCCAUGAGUCUCAACCUGCAAAUGGCCUUGAAAACGUCCAGCACGUCGGCCCUUUCGCGGAGCAAGCAAUCGCGUCAGCCGACACGAGAAUCUCCUUAGAGGACAUUAUACACACUUUAUCCAAUGAACUCGUGCACGCACGUAUCUUAGGACGACCAGCUCCUAUCAACCAGCAAGAAGCCCGGGUUCUGGCAUCGGCGCUGGUCAUCAAUUUGACUAAUAUGUACGCACGAUUGCCAUUUCCUCCCCCUCCCAACUUUUUGGCCUUCCAGCUUGGUGUCGGACGCCAUUUCGGUUUCCCUGGAACUAGCCAGCAUUCAAUAUCCGUAACGACCGAGCACGCUCCCAUUAACCCCACGGAAUCCCGUCGACAGGGUUCCACGGAACCAGUAGGGUCAACACAAUAUACUGUCACCUUCGAAUAUAAUCCUUCUUCUCGUUUUUCCAUGCAAGCGGUGCUUGCAAACAGCGAUACAGGUACUGCGCCCACUCGCACCUUUAACCAAGUGGCCAUUCCUCCCCACGCCUCCAGUGAACUCGAUCAAAAUAAUGAUUUGUCCAAUUAUGGGCUUGAAGAUGAUGAUCUCGAUCACCCCGUCUCAGAGGCUACCUGGAAACAACGCUAUAUGAGGCUCCGAACACAGAUGCAGAAGAAGGAGCGGUCACUAUCCGCAUAUAAGCGCAGAAUCGUCGAAUCAGUGAUGGCGGAUAUCUAA